UUUUUUUCUCACUCUUCACACAACGAGGCUCUUUAAGCCCCGGCGAGCGACACAGAGGGGCAUUCAGAGCGCGAGCGAGGGGGCAGGAACCGACGGACGGACUCUCGCGCUGGGCGGGCGACCUGCUUUAGUGCAGUCUUGGUAAAGCAGAUCUUCAUCCUGAGGAAGACAGUGAAUGGGUUCGUUGUGAAAGAACCUAGCGUAUGUGUAAAGAGUGGUAAAGUUCUACUGGAGGACUUAAAUCAACCGAGCACAGAUCACAGAUAGAACCGUUAACUUACCGACACCCUUGACCGGAGCGUAAGAGAAGCGAUGUCAACAGAGGAACACAGUUUAUCUGAGGUGGAGAUGAGUCCCGGGGUGUCCGACGAUGGCCACUCCAUGUCCCCCGGGCACUCGUCGGGCGCUGCUGGAGGGCCGGACUCCCCGUUGCCCUGCCAGCCGUCCCAGAUGUCGGGCGUCGGCGAGGAAGCGGCGGGCGUUUCCGGGGGCGUCUCGGUAAAGUCGGACGACGAGGACGAUCGUUUCCCCAUCGGCAUCCGUGAGGCGGUCAGUCAGGUGCUGAACGGCUACGACUGGACUCUCGUGCCCAUGCCCGUGCGAGUGAACUCGGGCAGUAAGAGCAAACCGCACGUGAAGCGGCCGAUGAACGCGUUCAUGGUGUGGGCGCAGGCCGCGCGCAGGAAACUGGCAGAUCAAUAUCCGCAUCUGCACAACGCCGAGCUCAGCAAAACUCUCGGCAAACUCUGGAGGCUCCUCAACGAAGCGGAUAAGAGGCCUUUCAUUGAAGAAGCCGAGCGUUUGAGGAAACAGCAUAAGAAGGAUUAUCCCGAGUACAAAUACCAGCCACGUCGACGCAAGAAUGGCAAACUAGGAACCAACUCUGAGACCGACGGCCACUCUGAGGGUGAGGUCAGUCACAGCCAAUCACAUUACAAGAGCCUGCACCUGGAGGUGGCACACGGGGCAGGAUCACCGCUGGGUGACGGGCAUCACCCUCACGCUACAGGUAAGAUACACAAACACCUGCUUACAUCAACCUUCGUCAUCAACCUUGAACAACACUUCCAUAAUAUUCUUCUCUAUGUGUUUGUUCUUCUUUCAGGUCAGAAUCACAGCCCUCCUACGCCCCCUACCACACCUAAGACAGAACUGCAGGGGGGAAAAUCUGGGGAGGGGAAGCGUGAGGGUGGAGCCGGGGGUUCCAGGGGCGGUCUUGGGGUGGGAGCAGAUGGAAGCUCCUCCUCUGCGUCCGGGAGCAGUAAACCUCACAUCGACUUUGGUAACGUGGACAUUGGUGAGAUCAGCCACGAUGUGAUGGCCAACAUGGAACCGUUUGACGUUAAUGAAUUUGACCAGUACUUACCGCCGAACGGGCACCCCGGGGUGGCGCAGGCGUCGGGCGGCACAGGCUCUGGAUCCUCGGCUUCCCCGUACACGUACGGCAUCUCGUCAGCCCUGGCGGCUGCCAGCGGGCACUCCACCGCCUGGCUGUCCAAACAGCAGCUGCCAUCCCAGCAACACCUGGGCUCAGAUGGCGGGAAAACUCAGAUAAAGAGCGAGGCGCACUUCUCCAGCGAGGCGGCGGCCUCGGCGAGCGGCUCUCACGUCACCUACACGCCUCUCAGCCUGCCGCACUAUAGCUCCGCCUUCCCUUCACUGGCGUCCCGUGCCCAGUUUGCAGAAUACGCCGAUCACCAGGCGUCCGGCUCCUAUUACGCCCACUCCGGUCAGACCUCCGGCCUUUACUCUGCUUUCUCUUACAUGGGCCCUUCACAGAGGCCCCUAUACACGGCCAUCCCGGACCCCGGGUCUGUGCCGCAGUCACACAGCCCUACACACUGGGAGCAGCCCGUAUACACCACGCUGUCUCGACCGUGACAAAGACAUACAACUUAAGGUUUUGCUCCUGUUUAAUAUCCAGUAGCUGAAAGGUCUAAACUAGUGUAUAUGUGCUUGAAAAUCAUGAAAUAUUUUCACCUGCACUACAAUCUACACGGAUGGAGAUCUGAGAGAAAACUUCUGGAGUGUGUGGAGAUCUGCAGGGAAAAUAUUAUCACCAUGUGCCUCAGGCUUUUAAAAACAUGGCCCAUCACAAAGAUGUCUGCUCUUAUUCUCAUUAGAUUCAAGAAAGUUGACUCCUAUGGUAUUUCAAGUGUUACAUAUUACCAAAGUAAGAGACCAAAACAUUAAAACAGGAACAAAUAGAUGAGUUUCUUUGUGUGGUUUAGCAGAAGAUCUCAAACUUCACCCAACACAAACACAAUACCUGAUCAUGUUAUCUAUACAUCUGUGUUUUUUAUUUGUAUAAAUGAAUAAUCUCGUUUUAUUAACCAAAAUAAGGCCAUAUUGUCAUCAGAAUAAUAAUGAUGUGUUUGCAUUGUUGUAAUCUUUUCUAUUGUUAUGUUGUAAUUGUGUUGCCAUAACUCCACUGAACAUCUUCACCACUGUCUCGUGUUUGUUUGUCGGUGUGUGUAAAUAUCUUUACCUUGUUACUCUAAACACAGACGUGAUGCUGUAAUGAAGUAAAAACACCUUUACCAUCUGUCAAGUGUCCGAUAUAGAAAAUCAAAAAUUUGACGCAGAGUUUAAUUCACGUCAGGAUGCAAAACUAUUAUUGUGAAAAGUAUAUUUUCAUUAUAAUUUUACAAAAUGUUGUGUGUUUUUUAUAUUUUUUAAACAUAUUUUGUGAAAAUAACACAUGAACAUGACAAUGUAAAGGGUUUCCAUUUUCAGCUAGAAAUUAAACAUCAUGAUAUAAUUUAGUAAAAGUUACGACUGAUGUUAUGUUUCUGUAAACAAAGUUUAAUUAUUUUUUCAUCCCUUUUGAUUGUAGACUUUUAGGCGAUUUAUUAUUGAAAGAAAAACAAGCAAAAACUCAAUGUUAGAGCCUACAUCUUACAGUAGGUCAUCCUUAUUUUAUAUAUAUUACAGAAUAUUAUUUAUAUUUGUUGUUUUGUUUGUUUUUUAUCAGUAGUGUUUUAUUCUGAUGUUGGAUAUUUUUUGUUGUGUAAUGUUGUGGUGGGUAAGUGUUGUUGUUUUUCAGUGUAAAUAGAAGAGAGCAAUGACUAACCUCCCUCACUUUAAAUAAAGCUAAAGUCCAUACAAACUCA